UCAUGGAGAGAAGAAAUGUAGGUGAAUCGUCUCCUAUUGAGAAAUGUUCUUUGUCAGCUUCUCUUGAGCAAAAGCUUGCACUUGCCAAACGCUGUUCUCAUGAGGGUGUUAUGGCCGGAGCUAAAGCAGCAGCGGUUGCCACUAUUGCAACUGCAAUCCCAACUAUGGCAAGUGUGAGAAUGCUGCCAUGGGCGAGAGCCAACCUCAAUCCCACUGCACAGGCUCUCAUAAUCUCCACCGUGGCGGGAAUGGCGUAUUUCAUAGUGGCUGACAAGACUGUCCUGGCGACGGCACGCCGGAACUCCUUCAACGGCGGCGCGUCUCUCUCCGACCACAAACAUUAGUACAUAGUGCAUAGGAUGACGUGGAUUUUGCUCUACUGAAUGUUUUUUGCUUUUCAUUUCUAAUUAAUUAAAGCCGACUAUGCUGUAAAAUCAUGUCCACCAACUUUAUCAUUCUGCAAAUAAAUAAAUAAUAUUAAAGUGCUUUUUUCCUA